CUGGUGUUCAUUGUGCUGGUGGUGGUGCGGAGAACAGAAAACACUCGGAUGAGUAAAAAACAAUUUGUCGGUCGUUGUGGAGUGAUGCUUCAAAAGACUGCUGGGUCGUAAGGACGGGCAGGAUGCUGCAGAGGUAGAGCUGCAUCUCCAGCUGUUGGCUUUUACACCUUUUGCAUUGGGACAAGUUAGAGUAGCGCUCUUCCUCCUCCCUGUUAAAUGAGCAAUGAAGAAGAUGAUGAGGAAAGGUCUGCAGGUGUGUUUGCUGUUACUGAUGGUGGGAAGACUGCAGGGCAAGGUAACGGCACCAGAGCGUCUGGAAGCUCCAGUGGACAAGCCCUUCACUCUGACUUGCACUGUUUCGAGGGAUCGAGGUGAGUCUCUGAGGCAGGUGCGAUGGAUUGAUGUCCAGAACCAGACACUUCUGACCUACCAGCCCGGCCAAAGAGACAGUGUGAGUGGACAGCAGCAUGUUGAGCUCGCAUCCUCCCCAAAAGACACCUCGGCUAUCAUCAUCCGCAGGGUGAGCUUCCGUGACGAAGGCUGCUACACCUGCAUCUUUGACAUGCAUCAGUCCGCUUCAAAGCAGGGACAGACCUGCCUCACUGUUACCGCGCAAGUCACCGUCGAGAGCAAUAAGACAGCGGUGAGUGGCAAGAAGGCCUCCCUCUCGUGUUUUUACGGCUUGCCUGAAAAGGUGCAGCAGAUCUCGUGGAAACACACCUCCGCGCAGGGAGUCUCCACAGACGUGGCUUCCUAUGCGAAACGGAGCGACCCCAUGAUAGAGCCACCGUACCAGGGGAGAGUCUGGUUAAGUCCCUCCCUCUCCAACAGUCAGCUCACCAUCCAGCCUGUCGCUAUCGAGGACGAGGGCUGCUACACCUGUCUGUACACCACACAUCCUGAAGGGCAGAAGAGCUCCACAGUUUGCCUCGCCACCUAUGUGCUGCCCAAACCUCAGGUGAGCUACAAGACUACCUCUCCAGGUGUGAUCGAAGCCAACUGCACCUCAGUGUCGCGCCCGCCGGCGGAGAUCGUGUGGAACGUGGAGAGGGAUAACCGGACCAUGGGGCCCCCCGUGACGACACAUAUCCCGCAGGGUGACGGGACCACCCUGGUCAUCAGUACAUUGACUGUCCAAUCAGGGUUGCUGAAAGACGUGUCCGUCAAAUGCUUGGUGCACCACAAGGGGCUUGAGUCACCGAUCGGUGUAUCCAUGAACACUAAAAUUGGGACGGCUCUCACCAUCCUGAUCUCAGUCACUACAGUGGCAUCCUUGUUGGUCAUGUCCCUCUGCUUCUGCCUUUGGAAGUGUUUCCUGCGCAAAGAAGCUGAUUAAUCUUUCAGAUGGGACCAGGAGCUGAAAAGAGGAGAGGCAGAAUUGUUUCCCUGCACCAUCAUCGUCGUCUCGGUACAAAGUGACACGCCUCUAUAGGACGGCAAAUACAAUUCUGCGUAUGAGCGCGGACUGUUCAACGACAUUCAUCUUUACUCUUCUUCUUCUCCUUCUGCCUCUGCACCUGAGUCUUAUAUAAUCUCCAGGCUGUCGUCACGUGAAGUCGGAGAGGAAAUGAUGAAGGAUCUCUGUUUUUUCUCUCUGGCUAUGUAAUUAAUUGAGUGGAUGGCCACACGUUCACACAGCAGAGUCACUGUAUGGCAAAAUUAAAGUAUAGCGAUUGUGCUGUUGCAGCAUAUUGCAUGUCUUUGAAAUACUUAAAGGAUACGUCUGGUGAUGUAACUACUGCCUGUGUAGCCAGAACGUAACCCUCUGCGGCACAUCAGUGCUUUACGUUAAAGGCACUGUGGUUUAUUUAAAGUCGAUCCCAUAUACACUGUCCUGCUUCCUCGCAAGGCCACCAAAUAUGUAUAAAUCCACAGCUGAUAUAGUCCCCAUCAAAUUCACUAUUUACUCCCGUUUGAGUAACAUUUGCUAAAACCUACAGUGCCCAGCUGUUCUUCUUUAUGUUAUGUUGUUAUGCCUCGCUGUUUACGUGGGAUAUACGUAGAAUAAAUAUAGAAUAUCACCAGCCUUAUCCUUUAAAUAACAGCUCACCAUUAAGGUAUUACUUCUUUGUACCUCAGUCGAAGGCCUCCGUCACCUCUGUGUGUUUCUAAAGCUGGGUGGGGUCAGGGAUAUUCUUCUUUAGUUCAGCUAAGAGGGGCUGCUUACUUAUGUUUUGUUUAUGUAAUAUCUAUUGCAAACUUUUCUACACGUUUCAAAGUCUGUUUGACCAUGUUGUGAGAGUGUGUGUGUGUGUGCAUAUUUGUCAGAGGUCAGAUAGCUUGAAUCAAUUCCCUAAGUGAGCAACGCUGAAACCUUUUUGGUGCCCCCCGAAAGGAAUGCGUGUCUUGUUGCCUGUCUACGUCGUCGUGUCAGGCGAGUUCAUGUGUCUGAAGAUGUCUACAGGUUGGGCUCUGUUGGGUCGACAAUGGUUAAAUGAGAUCAAAAUAUGUUAUGAGGCUUUUUGCAUGUACACAGAGGCAUUUAAAAAUGAGAGCUUUAUGCUGACAUAAUCUUAUAUAUCAAAGCGUAUGAUUUGGAUCUGUCAGUAUU